GUCCCCGGGCCGGCACUUCACCUGCAGUGCUUGGGAGGAGGGCAGAGCCCCCGAGUCCCCCCACCAGAUCCCCAAGAGGACAGCGAUCUUAACAGCCCUGGAAGCCUUCAAGAGAGAGGAACAGUGAGGAGGAAUCCAUCUGGGGUGCUGGUUCGGGCCUCACUUGGCUGUCUGGGACCAAGAGACGGGAUGGAAAAGUCUGGAAGGUGGAGGCGAAGGGAGCAGCGGUGGAAGACUACAACUCCCAUCAAGCUCUGGGUCGGGGACGCCUGCGUACUGCGCGCCCGUUGCCCAUGCGGCCCUAGGGCAGGGAGCGCCGCGCCGCUCCGCUGCGGGGGAGGCCAUGGCGGAACCUUCCCAGGCCUCGACCCCGGCCCCGGCCGCGCAGCCCCGGCCCCUUCAGUCCCCCGCCCCCGCCCCCACCCCGACUCCCACUCCCAGCCCGGCCUCGGCGCCGACUCCGGCUCCCACUCCGGCACCUGCCCCCGCUCCAGCUGCAGCCCCAGCCGGGAGCGCUGGGACGGGGGGGCCCGGGGUAGGAAGUGGGGGUACCGGGAGCGGGGGUGAUCCGGCUCGACCUGGCCUGAGCCAGCAGCAGCGCGCCAGCCAGAGGAAGGCGCAAGUCCGGGGGCUGCCGCGCGCCAAGAAGCUUGAGAAACUAGGGGUCUUCUCGGCUUGCAAGGCCAAUGAGACCUGCAAGUGUAAUGGCUGGAAAAACCCCAAGCCCCCCACCGCACCCCGCAUGGACCUGCAGCAGCCAGCUGCCAACCUGAGUGAGCUGUGCCGCAGCUGUGAGCACCCCUUGGCGGACCAUGUGUCCCACCUGGAGAAUGUGUCAGAGGAGGAGAUCAACCGGCUGCUGGGGAUGGUGGUGGAUGUGGAGAAUCUGUUCAUGUCUGUUCACAAGGAGGAAGACACAGACACCAAGCAGGUCUAUUUCUACCUCUUCAAGCUCCUUCGGAAAUGCAUCCUGCAGAUGACCCGGCCCGUGGUGGAGGGGUCUCUGGGCAGCCCCCCAUUUGAGAAGCCUAAUAUUGAGCAGGGUGUGCUAAACUUCGUGCAGUACAAGUUCAGUCAUCUGGCUCCCCGGGAGCGGCAGACAAUGUUCGAGCUCUCGAAGAUGUUCUUGCUCUGCCUUAACUACUGGAAGCUUGAGACACCUGCCCAAUUUCGGCAGAGGUCUCAGGCUGAGGACGUGGCUACCUACAAGGUCAAUUACACCAGAUGGCUCUGUUACUGCCAUGUGCCCCAGAGCUGCGAUAGCCUCCCCCGCUACGAGACCACUCACGUCUUUGGGCGAAGCCUGCUUCGCUCCAUCUUCACCGUCACCCGGCGGCAGCUGCUAGAGAAGUUUCGGGUGGAGAAGGACAAGCUGGUGCCCGAGAAAAGGACCCUCAUCCUCACCCACUUCCCCAAGUUCCUGUCCAUGCUGGAGGAGGAGAUCUACGGGGCAAACUCUCCGAUCUGGGAGUCAGGCUUCACCAUGCCACCCUCAGAGGGGACCCAGCUGGUGCCCCGGCCAGCUACAGUCAGUGCAGCCGUUGUUCCCAGCGCCCCCAUCUUCAGCCCCACCAUGGGUGGGGGCAGCAAUAGCUCCUUGAGUCUGGAUUCUGGAGGUGCUGAGCCCAUGCCAGCAGGUGAGAAGAGGAAGCUCCCAGAGAAUCUGACCCUGGAGGAUGCCAAGCGGCUCCGUGUGAUGGGCGACAUCCCCAUGGAGCUGGUCAACGAGGUCAUGCUCACCAUCACCGACCCUGCUGCCAUGCUGGGGCCCGAGACGAGCCUCCUGUCAGCCAAUGCCGCCCGGGACGAGACAGCCCGCCUGGAGGAGCGCCGUGGCAUCAUCGAAUUCCACGUCAUCGGCAACUCGCUGACGCCCAAGGCCAACCGGCGGGUGUUGCUCUGGCUCGUGGGGCUGCAGAAUGUCUUCUCCCAUCAGCUGCCGCGCAUGCCCAAGGAAUAUAUCGCCCGCCUCGUCUUCGACCCGAAGCACAAGACUCUGGCCCUGAUCAAGGACGGGCGCGUCAUCGGUGGCAUCUGCUUCCGCAUGUUUCCCACCCAGGGCUUCACGGAGAUUGUCUUCUGUGCUGUCACCUCGAAUGAGCAGGUCAAGGGCUAUGGCACUCACCUGAUGAACCACCUGAAGGAGUAUCACAUCAAACACAAUAUCCUCUACUUCCUCACGUACGCUGACGAAUAUGCCAUCGGCUACUUCAAAAAGCAGGGCUUCUCCAAGGAUAUCAAGGUGCCCAAGAGCCGCUACCUGGGUUACAUCAAGGACUACGAAGGGGCGACACUGAUGGAGUGUGAGCUGAACCCCCGCAUCCCCUACACGGAGCUCUCCCACAUCAUCAAGAAGCAGAAGGAGGUGGUGUGCUUUUUGUGGAAUGUGCAUGUGGGGAUCAUCAAGAAGCUGAUUGAGCGCAAACAGGCCCAGAUCCGAAAGGUCUACCCCGGGCUCAGCUGCUUCAAGGAAGGUGUGAGGCAGAUUCCUGUGGAGAGUGUCCCUGGCAUUCGAGAGACGGGCUGGAAACCACUGGGGAAGGAGAAGGGGAAGGAGCUGAAGGACCCCGACCAGCUCUACACAACCCUCAAAAACCUGCUGGCCCAGAUCAAGUCACACCCCAGUGCCUGGCCCUUCAUGGAGCCUGUGAAGAAGUCGGAGGCGCCUGACUACUAUGAGGUCAUCCGCUUCCCCAUUGACCUGAAGACCAUGACCGAGCGGCUGCGCAGCCGCUACUACGUGACCCGGAAGCUCUUUGUGGCCGACCUGCAGCGGGUCAUCGCCAACUGCCGCGAGUACAACCCCCCGGACAGCGAGUACUGCCGCUGCGCCAGCGCCCUGGAGAAGUUCUUCUACUUCAAGCUCAAGGAAGGAGGGCUCAUUGACAAGUAGUCCGAGCCUUGGGCCACAGCCUCAGCCUCGAAUGUCUCCACCUCAGGUUCUGCUCUGAUCGCUCGGGAGGCCCUGGUGCCCAGGUCCCUCUCAGCUCGAGACACUCCAGCCCCUGACCCUGCAGUCCUUUCUGGGCCCCUGCGCACCCCCACGCCUCAGCCCUGCCUCACCCUUCAUUGUGAUUGACUUUGGGAGGGGUCUCCUGGGUGUGGGCUCGGCGCCUCUGCAGUGGCUGGUGGCCAGAGCAUAAACCCUGGUCCCCACAGAGCUGUGGUGUCUUAUUAGAGGCCUGGGCUGGGCCUGGCCCAGGUCAUUGUCUCCUCAAGGGUAGGACUGACAAUUUUAGCUUGAAUGAGGGGGCUCCAGGGUUUGGAAGUUGAACCCGGACUGGAGGGGCCAUGCCUUGCCCUGCACUGUUGUGUUCUGUCUGUCCCUCAGGGGUGGGGGACAUGGGGACCAUUUGUUUCCUGGCAUUAAUCCCUUGGAGGGAUCAAUAAAGCUCUUUUUUUUUCUCUG